AUGCCGCUGUUUAAACCUAGAAGACCUCUACCCGAGACCUCCCCCCUCCCCCCACCUGAUCAAACAGACCAACAACAGACACAACAACAGAAGCAACAAACUCAACAACAAAAGCAACAAACUCAACAACAGAAAUCACAACCAAAACAACAGCAAAACGGACGCAGCAAUGGCCAACAGAACACCAAGAAAACAGCCGCCCUCCCCCCGCCUCAGGCUGGUGAGGUGACGAAGCCGAAGCUUGUGUUCCACUGCCAGCAGGCGCACGGCUCACCAACCGGCAUCAUCUCAGGCUUCACGAACGUCAAGGAGCUUUACCAGAAGAUUGCUGAUUGUUAUGGGAUCCCUGCAGCUGAUAUCCUGUUCUGUACCCUCAACACGCACAAGGUCGACAUGACUCACUUGCUGGGGGGGCAGAUCGGUCUCGACGACUUCAUAUUCGCCCAUAGGAAAGGAGUUGCCAAGGAGGUGGAGAUCGUGAAGACGGAGGACGCGCUCGGCUUAACCAUCACUGAUAACGGCGCAGGCUACGCCUUCAUCAAGAGGAUAAAGGAGGGAUCCGUCAUCGAUAAGCUCAAGCUGGUGGUGGAGGUGGGCGACCACAUCGAGCGCAUCGACGGCACGUCGCUGGUGGGGCGCCGGCACUUCGAGGUCGCCAAGCUCCUCAAGGAGAUCCCCAGGGGCGCCAGCUUCGUCAUGAGGCUCGUCCAGCCUCUUAAGGCGGGCUUUGCAAACAUCGGGCCGCGCAGUGACCCGCGCUCGGGGUCUAAGAAGGGUCUGGGGUCGGGCAAACAGACCCUGCGGUUCAAGGCUAAUGGGCAGGCCCAGGUCGAGGACGUGGACGACCACGCGACCGUUGCCAUCGAGAAAAUCAACAGCCUGCUUGAAAACUUCCUCGGUAUCAACGAUAACGACCUGGCUGCCCAGAUCUGGGACCUGGGUCAGGGCAAGCAGAAUACGAUGGAGUUCGCUGAGGCCGUCGACGACUCUGACCUCGAGAGCUUCGGCUUCAACGACGACUUCAUCUUCGAGUUGUGGGGCGCCAUCACCGACGCCAAGAGCGGCCGCUUGAAGAGGGUCUGAGUCUAAGGGCUGCGCCCUUUGUUUCAAGGUGGCCUCUGGAGACCUAAGGCCGCGUCCUCGUUCUUAAGGUGGUCACAUGAGCUUAAGGGCCGCUCCCUUUGUUUCAAGGUGGCCUCUGGAGACCUAAGGCCGCGUCCUCGUUCUUAAGGUGGUGGCAUGAACUUAAGGGCCGCGCCCUUAGGCUUAAGGUGGCCUCUUGAGAACAAGGUAUACGCCCGUGGUCUCAAGAUGGCCUCUUGAGACCACGGGCUGCGCAGUGCGCCCUUGGGCUUAAGAUGGUCCCAUGAGACCCAAGGCCGCACAUUUGGGCUCAAUGUGGCCUCUUGAGGCCAAGGACUGCGCCCUCAGUUUUAGCUUCUUGACUGGUUAAUGGUUAUUAGUCCUAAGACCGAGGGUAGGGCUGGCUCUGAGAUCAAGGGCAGAGAGCGUUUUAGCCCAAGUUGAGGGUAAGCGUUAGACCAAGACCAUGCAGGGAAAGUCUUAGGUCGAGGGCUGAGAAGACUUUAGACGGAGGGCAUGGAAAACUAGCGACCAAUAAAAGGUCUAGGACGUAAUUAAAGGAAGGGUUUUAGACCAAGUCUUCUUUUCAACGAUCCAUGUCGUUUCUAAAACCUAUAGGAAAUCGAUGACUUACAAAAUAGGUAGGAAUGGUUCAUAGACCAGGGGCAAGACGAACUGUUAGACCAUGAGCAAUGAUGGAUCUGAGACCACGGGCAGGACUAGUUCUGAGACCUAUGACAGGGCUGGGUCUGAGACUAAAGGCUGGGGGUGAGUCUGAGACCAAGGGCUGGGCUGGUCUGAGACCAAGGACAUAUUAUACAUGAGACUAAGGACAAGGAUGGAUAUAAGACCAUAUCCUCGGUAUCAACGAUCAGGAUCGGCCCUUCUAUCGAGAAUAAUGAUCUGCACCGAAGAAGAUGUAAAUUAAAUCCUUCUCGGAAGAAUAAAUCCUUCUCGGAUGAUGAUAUAAACUGUAGCCUUUGUGUGAGCUGAGGUGCAAGAUGGCGGCCUUUGCAUGAGCUGAGAUACAAGAUGGCGGCCUUUGUGUGAGCUGACGGGCAAGAUGGUGGCCUUUGUGUGAGCUGAGAUACAAGAUGGUGGCCUUUAUGUGAGCUGAGGUGUAAGAUGGCGGCCUUCGUGUGAGCUGACGUGCAAGAUGGCGGCCUUUGCAUGAUCUGAGAUACAAGAUGGCGGCCUUUGUGUGAGCUGAGGUGCAAGAUGGCGGCCUUUGUGUGAGCUGACGUGCGAUAUAUCGUCCAAUUUGUCCGCGCCAAAAACACGACUUCCAAGUUUCAGAAGUGCCUUCAAUAUUUGCUAUGGUCGAAUGAGUCUUGGUUUAUCGAAUUUAAUUUAUAUUAAUCAUAGAGAGACUUCAAUGCAUAAUUUAUUGUUUAUUAGACAAACAAAACUCACAUUCUAGCAAAUAAUUUUUUAUACAUUGUAUACAUUAUACCCACUUAAUCACUUUUUAUACAUUUUACUUGUAUUAUAUUUGAACUCCAAAGACAGCUCGAGUUGAUUAUCGUUAAUGUUUGAUACUUAUUUGUACUGGAAACUGUCUACAAAAAUCAUAUAUUUAUAUCAGUUUUAGGUCUUUUGAUUUUCACUAUAUUCAAGGUAUGACUAUGAACCGUGAAAAUAAUUUUUGAUUCCUUUAGGAAUUAAUGACUUAUGAAAUAUUUCGUGUUUACGUCCCUUAAGUUGCUUGUGAGGUUGUCAGCUCUCAAGUUGUCCCCUCUCAUGUUCUUCCCACUCAUGUUUCCAUCACUCAACUUUUAUCCGUUUAAGUUUUUCUCACUCAAGUUUUUCCCACUCAAGUUUUCUCCACUUA